GUAGGGCGACAGUGUGGACAUUAGGUUUUAUAAGGAUAAGAGACUUGGAACAUUCGUUUAGAAGUUCACACGAGCGUGUAAAAGUAACAGCAAGGGUUUUAACCUCAGGGACUAUACACCAUAGAAUAAUACGAUGAAGAUAAAGGGAAUUCUGAUUGUUGGAUUAAUCAUUUGUGUAAACAAUGUAUUUGCAAAAUGGCAUUGCCGUAAUAAACUGACGGGGGGCUGUCUGAACGGCGGAACCUGUAACAGUGACUCAGGGGAGUGUGCUUGUGUCGAGGGCUUUGAAGGAUAUAACUGUGGGCUAGAGACGGCAACGAAAUGUGCUGAUGACAAUACGGCAAACUGUAGAAAUGGAGGUAUAUGUUUUGAUACCGACAAAUGCUUCUGUACAGAGGAUUAUAUUGGAGACAAAUGUGACACGGCGCUCUCUUCCAUGACGUGUCGUGGGGAGGGUACAGACAUCACGGUCAUUGUCCCCACUGGUUUUGGAGGAGAGAUCUACUCAACUCAGUCUAGCGAAGCCACGGAUGACAUGGCGCCCGAGGAAUGCCAAUUUAAGGCUGAUACCCCCCGGGACGACGGUUAUGUACCGUACAAAUUCACCAUUCCAUUUGACAGAAGCAGCGCAUGCGUAGAUGCAACCUUGAAUGUCACUGAAAAUGAGAAUGGAGAUUCCGUGUACACGUCCGUCGUCGUCAAAACGUACAGCACAAUGUUCAUCACGGACUUCGAUGAACAGCUGACCUUCGUCUGUGUCCACUCCAGCAAUAACUUCACCCUGGGGACCAGGCUGGACCAAGUCGACCUCGAUAAAUCGAAAGAUUUGCAGAAGGAUAAGAAGGACGAGUCUUAUUCCCCAGUCCGAAUGAACGUACUCGACAAAGAUGAUGCUAAUCUCACUGGCACUGUUAAUGUCGGUGACGUCAUCAAACUUCGAUUUUACCUGGAUGACGAAACAGUGUACAAAUCUUUGAGAAUGGAGAAAUGUGUAGCAAAUGAUACCAGACCUGAUCAAGGAAGUAGUUUCGAAUUCCUAGAAAAGGGUUGCCCAACAGAUGCUGGUGCCUCUAUCAUGGUGAACACAAAUGGCCAAACGCUAACAGAAAUCCAGCACCCAUUUAAUGGAGGAACUGUAUCGGCAGCCGUGUUACAAAUCUAUGCUUUCAAAUUCAAGAGCACAGGAAAUGUAGCUUUCAACUGUCAAGUCAAGAUUUGCAAAGAAGGAGAAGAAGAGCAAUGUCAACCUAGAUGUGGAGCUACAGAUGAACUUAUACCCGCUGGGGGAGAAACCGAGGGUGUUGCUGAGACACCAGCGGAGACACCUGCAGAAACUCCCGCCGAAACACCUAUAGAUACCCCUGCUGAAACACCUGUAGAUACCCCUGCUGAAACACCUGUAGAUACACCCGCCGAAACAAAUGUAGAUAACCCCGCAGAGGUACCAGAAACUGUGCGAAGGAAGCGACGAUCAGCAUCCGAGGAAUUACAAGAGAAGACCUUCUCUGCAAUAGUCUCGGUGGUUGAUCCAUUUGAAACACAAUGGCGUAAAGACAAAGUUGGUAGCAGCACAGCGGCGCCAUCACCAACAACGGAACCCCCCAGUGAAGAGAAGACAUGCUUCCGCUCCCAGGAGAUCCUGAUCGUCAUCAUAGUCAUGUCGGUGUUUGUUUUUAUUUUGUUAGUGGCAUGUCUUGCCAUGUCAUGUGCCAUUCUUAAAUUACGACACAAGUUUAAUAGCCAUCACCAAGAAAAUGAAUCUCAUAUGCCUAGAUUCUUUCUCCCUCAUGCCAAAUUACAAGCUUAAAUUAAUAGCUGAAUGCCUCUUGCAUGGCUAAAAUUUCUAAUAAAAUAGUCUUUUAAGGUUAAGAUAUAUUUCUUUUGAUUGUUUAUUUUUUACAUGUAGAUACGGUUUAAUUUGUUUAUUUGGUUAUUUUGUUUAAAUGUUUAUUUAUGGAAACGUUCUCACCUUGUCUUAUAUAUUCCGGGUAUUUCAUAUUGCAUGUAGUCUUAUAACCAUUUAGUCAUCAUUAUUACUAAAUAUCGUAAUUAAUGUGUAUGAUGUGUGAAUGAUGUUUGUUCAUAAUAGAGAACCCUAUGGAUAAGAGGUGUGUGAAUUAACUCGGGAAAAUGCUUGUUCGUAGAAUUUUACUAUGUAUCAAAUGUAUUUGUGUUGUGUUGUUACAUUUGUUACAUGCAUAUUGCUGUAAAAUAGGGACUGAAAACUUACACAAUGUACAUAGAAGAAAUUUUAUACUGUAACUCUUUGAAAAUAAAGUAUUUUUAUA